AUGUUUCCACGCUUGAGCUUCGACCAUGCUUGGGUCCUUGCUUUAGGCCUUGUUGCCAAAGGCACCCUUGUGUUUGCUGGGCCCUGCGAUAUCUACUCUUCUGGCGGCACGCCCUGCGUCGCUGCGCAUAGCACCACUCGUGCAUUAUACAGCUCUUUUACUGGGGCACUGUAUCAAAUCAAGCGUGGCUCUGACGGUGCUACAACUACUAUCUCGCCACUCUCCGCAGGAGGUGUCGCCAAUGCUGCCGCUCAAGACACUUUCUGUGCCAACACAACCUGCCUCAUCACCAUCAUUUAUGACCAGUCUGGCCGAGGAAAUCACCUCACACAGGCUCCUCCCGGAGGCUUCAGCGGCCCAGAUACCAAUGGGUACGACAACCUUGCUAGCGCAAUUGGCGCACCUGUGACUUUGAAUGGUCAAAAGGCCUAUGGCGUCUUUAUCUCGCCUGGCACAGGCUACAGGAACAAUGCUGUCAGCGGCACAGCAACAGGCGAUGCAGCAGAGGGCAUGUAUGCAGUUCUUGAUGGCACUCAUUACAACGAUGCUUGCUGCUUCGAUUACGGCAAUGCCGAAACCAGCAGCACCGACACCGGCAACGGCCAUAUGGAAGCCAUCUACUUUGGUGAUAACACUGUCUGGGGUACGGGUGCAGGCAGCGGCCCAUGGGUCAUGGCCGAUCUUGAGAAUGGCCUUUUCUCUGGUUUGAGCCCCGGAAACAAUGCUGCCGAUCCAUCCGUCAGCUACCGUUUCCUCAGCACGAUCGUCAAAGGAGAGUCUAAUCAAUGGGCAAUCCGCGGCGGCAAUGCAGCCUCGGGGUCCCUAUCAACGUACUACAGUGGAGCGCGCCCAAGCGCAUCUGGCUAUAACCCAAUGAGCAAAGAAGGUGCCAUUAUUCUUGGCAUCGGCGGUGACAACAGCCACGGUGCUCAGGGCACUUUCUACGAGGGCGUCAUGACCUCCGGCUACCCGUCUGAUGCGACAGAGAACUCGGUACAAGCUAACAUUGUGGCUGCCAAGUAUGCCGCCGCUUCGCUGACCAGCGGUCCGGCACUGUCUGUCGGUUCCUCGAUUUCGCUGCGCGCGACGACGUCAGGCUACACGACACGCUACAUUGCACACACCGGUUCGACUGUCAACACACAGGUUGUCACUUCGUCGAGCUCAACAACUCUGAAACAACAGGCCAGUUGGACAGUUCGCACUGGUCUUGGCAAUAGCGCCUGCUACUCGUUCGAAUCUGUGGACACCCCCGGUAGCUACAUCAGACACAACAAUUUCGGGCUGCUACUUAACGCAAACGACGGUACGAAGCAGUUCCACGAGGAUGCCACAUUCUGCCCCCAGUCUGGUCUCAGUGGCCAAGGCAACUCGAUUCGGUCGUGGAGCUAUCCCACCCGCUAUUUCCGUCACUACAACAACAUACUCUAUGUUGCCAGCAAUGGAGGUGUCGAUACUUUUGAUGCUACCGCCUCCUUCAAUGCUGAUGUGACCUGGGUCGUCAGCACCGGCUUUGCUUGA